UAAUAUUGUCGAAGUACAAUUCAAUUACUACUACUCAUCUUGGGAUAUUUAAAAUAAUCACAGAGAAAGUUAAGAAAUAAUAAUGACGUAGAUAAUAAAAUUAAAUAUAUAAGGUGAUUUAAGUUUUAUUGAGAAAGUAGGAGCAUCUUCAUUAGCUGGAUUUAUUGGAGCAUUGCUAGGGAAUCCAACAGAUGUUUUUUGAUGAGAUUUUAAGCAGAUUAAUCAUUACCAAUUAAGGAAAGAAGGAAGCUUCAGGAAGAAUAUAUAAAGAAGAAGUAAUUUUAGCUUAUUGGAAAGGAUCUAUGACAACUGUGACUAGAGCUGUUGCAAUAACAAUAGGAUAAUUAACUACAUAUGAUUAAUUGAAGUAAAUGAGUAUGCAAUUAAAGAUUCAAAAAUAGAAAGCACAUUUGAUAGGAUAAUGUAAAAAAUUGUAUAUUUAUAAAUAUAUAGAGCAUCAUGUGAAGCAGGAAAAAUCUCUUCUGUGAUUUCAUUGCCUUUUGAAAAUGUGAAGACUAAACUUUAGAAGAUGAAAUGUUUAGGAGAUGGUUCAAUGCCAUAUUCAGGUGUGAUAGAUUGUUUCAUUAAGACUAUAAAAAGAGAGAAGUUAUUAGGAUUAUGGGUUGGAUUAUUUGUAUACUUUUCAAGAGUGGCAUCAUAAUCUAUAAUGAUUCUAUUGAUAUAAGAUUACCUUCAUUAGAAAUAUAAUUGAUUAGGUUAAUUUACAAUAAUUAUUUACAAAACCAUGC